AAGUUCAGAAAGACUUGUACAGCUUCAUAUGCCGCGAAAAUCUCACAUUGAAUUAAAUGCUGUUGUAUACUGUUAUCUUAAAUUAUUAGGAAAGUAUGACAAUACAUGUAUGUCAAUAGUAAGCCUGAGCAAAAUAAGUACGUCGUGAGAGUCAGCUGUUUUCAAACUGAACAGCAGAAGUCUUCGCAGACCGUCCUCGUCUCACUGGGUCGAUACGCUCCAGUCUGCGGAUUUUACUGACUUGAGAAAAUGGAGGCUGUAUCUGAGACAGAUGUGCAGUUCUGGAUGGCCAAAGCCGUGAACUGGGUGGAGGCUACGUCAUGUUCUGCUCUUCUGGACACAAGCAGACACCUUGGCUCUCUGAGGAGCUUUCUCCAGCAAGUUCUGCAGGGGUUGCAACAAAUGAGCUCCACUAGUGAGGCCAUGAAGACAUUUCCUUUUGUGGGCCAGUUCCUGGGAAGACUUUGUUGGAACCCAUGUGUUAUUGCGGAUGAGAGGAGCCAGAGACUCCUGCUGCGGUGUUUGAGCUGUCUGUACAGCGCUGAGCCAAUGAAUGCUGUCGAACAAAAAGCCAACAUGUGGAUCAAGAAUAUGUUGUGUCAUCUGAUCUCGGAGGAGGAGGGCAGUUUAGCUCAUGCUACAGUAAAACAUGCUGGAUUAACCCCGAAGCAAUACCACUCAGAGGCUCUUCAGAAGGUUGUGUCAUUGAUGACAGAGGAGGUCAUUAAAAGCUGUGACGGCUUGCCAAACACAUCCAGGUGUUCAAAUGGGAAUAUUCAUGCCAUGUCAACAGCAUGCGCUGCCUUGGUCACAUGUCCUCAGAUGUCUCCACUUAUUGGAGCUCUGUUGAAGCAUUCCAUGUUGUGUGGCUCGUCCUGUCUGAAUCAAGAGUUCAUUAAGGAAGUCAGCGAGGCUUUGAUCAGUAAGAGGCUUGUGUUGGAGGAUGAGGCCGUAGUGAACCUGUGGUGUUACAGUCCCACCUGUCUGGAGGGGGCAGCAGUGAGCUUUCUGGAAUCUGUGCUGUCUGACGACAAAACAAUGACACAGAGUCUGGACAAACAUGUUCAUGACUCAUUACUGCCUCAAGCUUCAGCCGAUCACUGUCACAUCUUCCUCACAGUCAAUGAAAUUUACAGGAAUGUGCUGACAGAGAUUGAUGAGAACCUGGCCGUGAGAGCCCUCAUACAGGUUUUCACUGUCUGCUUCCUCCAGAGACGGACUGGACAGAAGCCCCAGGAUCGUCUACCACUCAGAGCCUUCUUCCCACAUGUGAUGCCCAGUUUACUCACUCCUUUACUGACGGCACCAUCAGAGGUUCCCAGGGAAGCCUGGCUGGAUCAUCUGAGCUGGAUCAGAAGUUUACUUCAGAGCGUGACGGAGAAUGAGGAGGCAGGGGAAGAUGUCAGGGCGUAUCAGGCUGUCUUUGAGGCUUGGUUCCUGCUGGUGCAGUGUGGGUAUUGGGUGGACACAGCUGUUGAGCUGCUUGUUCUGGCAGCGCCUGAGAACGCAGAACCGCUGCUGUGGCUCCUGACGUUCUUCCAUCACCCCACCAAUAGAGGGCACCAGAGGUCCCAACAAACCGCAGUGGCCAGAGAAACCUGGACUCAUCUAAGGAUGCUAUUUCUCACUCGUCCUCCCCCUCCCAGACACCUCAGUGCUGUGAAAGAGCUCCUGUCCUCCUCCCUUUCAGCAAACCUCGUUUUGCAUUUGUUUUCAAACUUCACCGUCUUUUCCCACGGACCUGUUAGCAUUAUCACUGAAAUAACUGACAAGGUGCUGACUGAGGCCACUGUGAAGCGCAGGGCACUGUGGAUCCUAGCCUCAAUUCGCUGCAGACUAAACAGUGCCACUAUGCGGGAUGACAGGGUUCAUUCCAGGCUGAGGACUCUUCAGGACGCCCUCCUUCAAACCUGAGAUCCUUGCAUAAAAGCUCCUAGCUUCGAGCGCUCGCCGAAACUAUUUAUUAGGACAAGGAAUCCUGGCGUGGCUCAGUUACGCACUGAAAAGCUGGGUGGGACGAUAUGGCAUUUAUAGAAGAGAAGCCCAGCUGCCAUUUUUAACUUCAAAAGCAGUGGGUGUUCUCCCCCUAAACCCAAGAGGGGCCUCCACACUUGAUGUAUUGAGCCAAAUAAAAGGAACACAUGUAUUUCUA